AAAACAAAAAUGGUUGCAUAUGUCAAGAACAACUUUUUAUUGGUUCAUAUAGUAGUUUUACUUCUUUUUGUUGUCUCAUCAUAUGCAAGAUUUAAUACGAAGGUUACAACAGAUGAAAUAUGUGGCAUGUGCGCACGCAGAGCAGUCAAUGCGUCAUUUUGCUAUGAGUUCAUGAAAUCAUCCACUCAAGUUGCAACAUUGGAUACUUAUGAUCUCGCCAAAUUUUUGAUCAAUUAUGAUUUUCAAAACACCUUUGAUCUAAUAAAGCAUUUCCAGUCACUCACAAACAGCACAACCGAUCCCAGUUCUAAGGGUUCUUAUGAGCUAUGUUUACAUCUUUUUAAUCUUAUCAAUCCUCUUGAAACCGCACUUAAAGCUUUGGCAACCAAUGACUAUGACACUUUAAACAGGAAUGUUGAUGCUAUGUCUCAAUUCGCGAUGGAAUGUGAAAGCGAGCUGUCAAGUGUCAUCAAGCCUAUUCCAAAGCUCUUGAAAAGGGUUUCUAUCGUCGAAAAUGUAUCCGACAUUAUUUUUGUAAUUGUGGAAUGUUUUUUAAGAAAAGAAGAAACUUCAUGUAAGGAAUCAGUAUCAAAUCUACAAUAAUAAAUUAAUAAU